UUGUUUCAAGCUCUUUCAAAAUGACUUGUUAGAAAUGACGCAAGACAGUGACCACGAAAGAGAGCCUUUGAAAGAAAAGACAAGAUUUUCAUGCAACUCGAACGGUUUAGUAAACUCUGAAGAGAUUUCGACCUCGUCUGGUUAUGUUGGGUUUGCAGGUCCCACUUUAGAAUCAGUUCGUAGACGCACCAGUUCUAUAGAUAACUAUCACAGCGAAGCAACUAUUCAUGCGUUACAAGCGCAGUAUACUUCAAGAGUUGUGCCAGGUUCUUCUUCAUCUUACUGGAAACAACGGCAUAAUAACUUUUCUUCAGAGAGAGACGCUCCAGGUUCGAUUGCCAUUAACUUGAGGUCUCGAACUGGAAGCUUAGGUCGUCAAUCCCCAAAUCAUGGCGCAGAAAUACCACGAGCUGGUUUUCUAAAAAAUUUUGUCGCAGCUAUACUGUCUGUUCCUGGUAUUCUGACGCUCUUUGUUGUAUCGUUUUGUGGCAUCAUGUGGCGUUUGUAUUCUAUGCCUCAAGUACGUCGAGGCACUUUUUUAACUUUUAGAGGAGAGAAGAUUUUACCUUUUUUGGGAACGUUUCCGUUGAUUGUUUUGUUUGUGGUGGCAUGGAGCAACGGCUGGUGGCUGUUUAGAAGAAAUAGCCAAUUAUCUUCUUUUGAUGUUGACCGUGCGAGUCCAACUGCUGUUAUACGUAGAAGACGUGUUCCAGUGAUACUCCAGAUAUCGCCUAUUCUUACUGCUAUUUUGCUAGUUCUUUUGUAUAUCUUUUUAAAGGAACACAGUCGUUAUGCCGACUAUAGAGAUGCUGCCUCCCACUAUUAUCGUUAUCUUCAUGAAGAUAUAGCAGAAGAUUCAAGAAGUUUAUCCUUGGGUGGCAUUCCUAUCCGUGCGAUGACAUAUAAUGUUUUUGUCCGCCCUCCAGGCAUCACAGGAGCCGGAGGUGAUGAUCAUAAAGAUGAGAGACUAAGGUUAUUGGCUCCUCGUUUAGCUAACUAUGAUGUUAUUUGCUUUCAAGAGCUGUUUGAUGCUUUCAGUACUCGAAGGUCUGCCCUGAUGGAAGCGGUUUCUCUCUUUGGUCUUAGGUUUUCAACGUAUCUUCCAAGAAACUUUUUUAUAUUUCCUCCAAAAAUCAUUGAUGGAGGAGUUAGCAUCUUAAGUCGCUAUCCUAUAGUGGAAACCGAUCAUAUUCACUUUCGAAAUAUUGUGACCACUACCAUUGACUCAAUUGUUGGCAAGGGCGUAUUAUACGCUAGGAUUGAACUUCCUUCUUCCCUUUCUAGUGAUAUUCAUUCUAGUUGGAAUUCUUCAUCCUUUCCUGAAGGAGUUGUUCGUUCUAAAAAUCCAGUAGCCAUAGAGAAAGCUAGAUUUCUUCAUGUUUUCUCAACUCAUAUGCAAGCAGGAGACCGCUUGGGAUACAAACCAGAAAAAUAUCAUGCGGGCAUUCGGUUGAAACAAAUAGAAGAGAUGCGAGACUUUGUGUUAAGAAAGACCAAAGAUGACGAAGGACCGGUUCUAAUAACUGGUGACUUUAAUAUUAACGCUCGUGUGUCAAGAGAUAAUAGUAGUGAUAGCAAAUGGUAUAAGGAACUGAUGAAGCGUCUAAUGGAUUCGCCUUCUUCUAUAGAGACACAACUAGAGCCUUUAAACCUGUAUGAUCUCUUGUACUUGCAUUUUCAUGAACAUCCUAUUACAGAUGAUUCGAAAUGUAUAGAUUUCUUUUUGUUUGACCCUCGAAAAGGCAGAGUUGUUGCAUCAUAUGUAGACGAUGAUGCUGCACGUGUUGAACCCUUUCGUAUUGCUCCUGAGGAACAGGAUCCUGAACAUCCAAUGGGUGCUCCUUCAUUAUCAGACCAUUCAGCAGUUAUUUCUACAUUGAGAGUUUUGCUGCAUUCACCAGAAAUACGAGAAAAUUCUUAAUAGCACAUAUAUAUAUAUAUUUAUGUUUAUAAAGCUUGAAUGAAAUGUUUGAAUGACAUGUAUAAACAGAAACUAAUGGAA